AUGAAAGUUCAAGUUUUCCGCUGGCUCCCCCUGCUUUUUCUCCUGCUUGUCGGGACGGGGCCACGUGUCGCUGGCAGCUGGCGGAGCGAGAACUCCCGGGAGGAUGCGGAGGAGGACUCGACAACACGUUGGGGCAAUCAGUUGCCGGAUAUGCUAGUCGCUUACUACCGCCACCACGGCGUUCACAGUCUGAUGCUGGUCGUUUGUCACACGGACAUUGGGGACUCUCGCGUUUGGACGCUGUGGCAGCUCUUCAACCUCAACGAUUUCUAUGUGCAGGUCAGUACGGCGACCUCGCUAAGGGACCUGCGACAUGUCGAUGUCCUGGAUGAGCAGAAGGACGCGCCGCCGCCGAAGAGUUUCCAUGCCAACAACUCCACCCAUUGGAACACGUCCUUCCUACUCCCCAUGUUGCCCUACAAACUGGGCAUCCUUUUCCUGGAGUUCAGCAGCGAGUGUGCACUCAAUCUACUUCGCUGGUCUGCCGCUUCGGAACACAACUACUUCACCACCAAUCGGUUCUGGUUGCUCCUUACCGAGGAUCCAGCAGACAUCGAUUUGCUCGAGGAUCCCGAAAUAUUCAUCCCUCCGGACAGUGAGUUAAGGGUGCUUCACUAUGAGAACGGAGGCAACUUCUCGUCUAGCCUGAUCGACCUCUACAAAGUGGCUGCCUGGAAACCUUUAAAGAAAACCCUGGUGGGACAUAAUAUUCGGAAUCCGAGGCACAUAGUUCACGCCCUGCAGCGCUUUGGAUCGGCCAUAACAUAUCGCCAAAAUCUUGAAGGGAUAGUCUUCAACUCGGCCAUAGUUAUUGCCUUUCCGGAUCUGUUUACAACGAUCGAAGAUUUGUCGCUGAGGCACAUUGAUACCAUAUCGAAGGUUAACCAUCGCCUGAUGCUGGAACUGGCCAAUCGCUUGAAUAUGAGCUAUAACACUUAUCAAACCGUCAACUAUGGAUGGAGACAGCCAAAUGGCUCCUUCGAUGGCCUCAUGGGGCGUUUUCAGCGCUAUGAACUGGACUUGGCGCAGCUUGCGAUCUUCAUGAGACUGGAUCGCAUUGCUUUAGUUGACUUUGUCGCUGAGACCUAUAGAGUGAGAGCUGGGAUCAUGUUCAGACAACCGCCACUUUCGGCAGUGGCCAAUAUAUUUGCCAUGCCCUUCGAGAACGACGUGUGGGUUUCGAUACUAAUGCUCCUGAUCAUAACGACCGUGGUCUUGGUUCUAGAACUGCUAUUUUCCCCACACACCCACGAUAUGGCGUACAUGGAUACCUUAAACUUUGUUUGGGGCGCAAUGUGUCAGCAGGGCUUCUAUGUGGAGGUGCGGAAUCGAUCGGCGAGAAUUAUUGUCUUUACCACUUUCGUGGCAGCUCUAUUUUUGUUUACCUCGUUUUCGGCAAAUAUUGUUGCCCUGCUGCAAAGUCCCUCGGAUGCCAUCCGGUCACUUUCCGAUCUUGGCCAAUCUCCUCUAGAAAUCGGUGUUCAGGAUACCCAAUAUAAUAAAAUAUACUUUACGGAAUCCACUGACCCUGUGACCAAGAACCUUUACCACAAAAAGAUCGCCUCCAAGGGAGAUAAUGUCUAUAUACGACCGAUUUUAGGAAUGGAAAAAAUGCGAACGGGGCUGUUUGCAUAUCAGGUGGAACUUCAGGCGGGUUACCAAAUCGUCAGCGACACCUUCAGUGAGCCAGAAAAGUGCGGAUUAAUGGAACUAGAGCCUUUCCAACUGCCCAUGCUGGCUAUUCCUACGAGGAAGAACUUCCCAUAUAAGGAGCUCAUUCGAAGACAAUUAAGGUGGCAGCGAGAGGUGAGCCUGGUAAACCGCGAGGAGCGAAAGUGGAUUCCCCAGAAGCCCAAAUGCGAGGGCGGUGUAGGAGGCUUCGUCUCCAUAGGCAUAACUGAGUGCCGAUAUGCUUUGGGAAUCUUUGGAUGCGGAGCGGCCGCCAGUUUUGGCCUGUUCCUUUUCGAGUUCAUCUUUAAGCACUUCAAACAAGUUUAUCGCAUAAUUAAAGGAUAUCAAGAGAUGCAGCGCUAG